AUGCACGCAGAGGAGAGUGGUUCAGAAUUUCUUCCCAGGCUUGGCUCGGAUAUGAUAUUAGGGAAUGAGAGCGAUAAAAGCUGCCACCAAGCUCUUCCAAUCCUUCGGCACGACACAGGCAACGGUUGUCGACCGUCAGGAUUUCAUCUAGGAAUGAAGCGAAAUCAGUUCGCUAACUUCAUCUCUACAAGAAACCCCCGCGAAGCUUGCCAUGAGCCACAGUUGGAGACCCAGAAUAAAAGUCAGACCAUCAAGUCGGAGACUUCGCCCAAUGCGGCAAAGAUGCAGAUUCUUGUCCAUGCCACCUUGACUGUUACUCAGGUAUACAACUCCACUUUGGAUUUCAAAUCAGUUUCCACUCGGUUCUACUAUCCCGAUGGAUCGUAUAAAAGCGGUUGUCUGCUCAAUUGA